GUGCGCCUCCGCUACGGCGCCGGGACUACAAAGCUCAGCACUCGCAGCCUACCAAGGCGGGCUUGGCAGUUUAGGACAUGGGAUGGUCCCAACUGGCUUAAGGGCCCAGGUGUGCAGAGAGCUGGGAAGGCAUUGUAUUGUGUCAAAGAUGAUGUGGAGAGACAGUCUAUCUUUGGUUGAAGAGGAAGAGCCUCACAUGAAAGUGACUCUGGGGAGCAGCGAUAUGGGCUUGUCUGCUCACCUGCAGGCGUCAAAGGCAGGAACCACCCGAUUCUUCACCAGCAACACUCACAGCUCCGUGGUCCUCCAGGGUUUUGACCAGCUGCGCCUAGAAGGGUUGCUUUGUGAUGUGACGCUAGUGCCAGGCGAUGGAGACGAAGUGUUCCCUGUGCACAGGGCUAUGAUGGCAUCCGCUAGUGAUUACUUCAAGGCCAUGUUCACAGGUGGGAUGAAAGAGCAAGACUUGAUGUGCAUCAAGCUUCACGGCGUGAACAAAACAGGUUUAAAAAAGAUCAUUGAUUUUAUUUAUACGGCGAAACUUUCCCUCAACAUGGACAACCUGCAGGACACUCUCGAAGCGGCCAGUUUUUUGCAGAUCUUGCCCGUGCUGGACUUUUGCAAAGUGUUUCUUAUAUCCGGGGUGUCCUUGGAGAACUGUGUUGAGGUGGGGCGGAUUGCCAACACGUACAACCUCACCGAAGUGGAUAAAUACGUGAACAAUUUCAUCCUCAAGAACUUCCCAGCCCUGCUAAGUACAGGGGAGUUUGUGAAGCUCCCCUUCGAGCGCCUUGCCUUCGUCCUCUCCAGUAAUAGCCUUAAGCACUGCACCGAGCUGGAACUCUUCAAGGCCGCCUGCCGGUGGCUGCGCUCCGAGGAGCCGCGCAUGGAAUGCGCCGCGAAGCUGAUGAAGAACAUCCGUUUCCCUCUGAUGACGCCCCAGGAUCUCAUCAACUACGUCCAGACCGUGGAUUUCAUGAGGACCGAUAACACCUGCGUCAAUUUGCUCUUGGAGGCCAGUAACUAUCAAAUGAUGCCCUACAUGCAGCCGGUGAUGCAGUCGGAGAGGACGGCCAUCCGUUCGGACAGCACCCACCUGGUGACCUUGGGAGGGGUCCUCCGGCAGCAGCUGGUGGUGAGCAAGGAACUGCGGAUGUACGACGAGAAAGCGCACGAGUGGAGGUCCCUGGCCCCCAUGGACGCACCCCGAUACCAGCACGGCAUCGCGGUGAUCGGGAACUUCCUCUACGUGGUUGGUGGGCAGAGCAAUUAUGAUACGAAAGGGAAGACGGCGGUGGACACGGUUUUCAGGUUUGACCCUCGCUACAAUAAGUGGAUGCAAGUGGCUUCCUUGAAUGAAAAGCGGACCUUCUUCCACCUAAGUGCUCUCAAAGGACACCUGUAUGCCGUGGGUGGUCGGAACGCAGCCGGAGAAUUAGCCACGGUGGAGUGUUACAAUCCCAGAAUGAACGAGUGGAGCUACGUGGCGAAGAUGAACGAGCCCCACUAUGGCCAUGCGGGGACUGUCUAUGGGGGCCUGAUGUACAUCUCAGGUGGCAUCACCCAUGACACUUUCCAGAAGGAGCUGAUGUGCUUCGACCCCGACAUGGACAAAUGGACGCAGAAGGCCCCCAUGACCACGGUGAGGGGCCUCCACUGCAUGUGCACGGUGGGCGACAAGCUCUACGUCAUUGGGGGCAACCAUUUCCGGGGCACCAGCGACUACGACGACGUGCUCAGCUGCGAAUACUACUCCCCCACGCUGGACCAGUGGACUCCCAUUGCGGCCAUGCUGCGCGGCCAGAGUGACGUUGGGGUGGCUGUCUUUGAGAAUAAGAUCUACGUGGUGGGGGGCUACUCCUGGAACAACCGCUGCAUGGUGGAGAUCGUUCAGAAGUACGACCCGGAGAAGGACGAGUGGCACAAGGUCUUCGACCUGCCGGAGUCUCUGGGGGGCAUCCGGGCCUGCACCCUGACGGUCUUCCCCCCCGAGGACAAUCUAGCUUCGCCUUCGCGGGAGUCGCCUCUUUCGGCGCCUUGAGAGCGGUCCCGGGGGGGACCCUGGCUCUCCAGCUGCGCCCCACCGUGGCUCUUCUCAGCGGUUUUUUAUGGGGCUCGCCCUGAAGCUGUUGGCAAAUAACGGGUGGGGGGGAGUCGGGGGAGGCUCCGAGGAAAGAUGUGGUGGGUCCACGGAGAGUUUGGUCUGGGGAGUUUCUCGCGGGAGUCCU